UUCAACGUCACCACUUGCGAGUCUGAGAGGGAAUGAAAUAUAAAAACAGCGUGGACACAAAAACACGCGUUUGGCAUCAAGCGCUUCUAAUCGCAGCUGAACAACAAGCGCUGAUCCCAGAACGGCAGACAUGACAUCCCCCGAGCAGAUCAUCGAGAUCGUGAUGGAUGACAAAACGUACAAUGUGAGUAAAAGCAAACUGAUCGAGAAGAGCGAUUACUUCCGCGCGCUGUACAGCUCCGGGAUGCGCGAGUCAGCGGAGGACUCGGUGCAGCUGCGGGGGCUCAGCGCGCCGGGGCUCGAGCUGGUGCUGGAGUUCAUCAACACCUCCAAAGUUCAGGUGGCCAACGAGACUCUGGAGGACCUGAUCGAAACCGCAUCCUUCCUGCAGGUCACUUCCAUUUUAAAGCUGCUGCUGUCGGAAAUCAAGCAGGAGAACUGCGUCGAGCUCUUCAAACUCUCGGACGUCUACGGGAUGCAUGAUCUCAGAAAAGCUUGUUUGAAAUUCAUGAGCUGCUAUUAUCAUCCCAUGCUUCGCAGGCCGGAGUUCAGGAUGUUGCCAGCUCCUCUGCGGGAUCAGGUCCGAGAUAUGCGCAUGAAAGGCACGGCCACUUUAGUUGCAAUAGGAGAUUUCACUGACACCUGUCUGGACUUGGCAAAUCAAGACGAGCCUUGGUCCAUGUUGAGGUAUAAUGAGUUAGAACAACGCUGGAAACCUCUAGCCAACAAUCUUCCUCAGGACAUGAUCAAUGUCCGAGGAUACGGAUCUGCUGUGCUGGACAACUACUUGUUUAUUGUUGGUGGAUACAGAAUGACAAGUCUGGAGAUCUCUGUGGCCCACUGCUACAACCCCUGCAAGAAUGAGUGGAACCAUGUGGCACCUUUGAACCAAAAGAGAUCCAACUUCAAGCUCCUGGCCGUGAGUGGGAAGCUGUAUGCGGUUGGAGGUCACUGUCUGAGUACGGUGGAGUGUUAUAGUCCAGGGCAGGACUGGUGGACGUGUGUGGCGUCUCUGCCUGAUCCUCUCGCUGAGUUCUCUGCCUGUGAGUGUCAGGGCAUGAUCUACGUCAUGGGCGGUUAUACCUCUAGAGUUUCUCUUAUUUUUAAGCUAGAUGUUUUUUCCUUCUAA